AAGGACUUUUUUAUUGACGUAGAUGGGAGCUGAUGUGAUCUUUGCCCGGAGUUGAUUGCUAUAGACGUUUCAAGACGACAGUAUGCACACGAGGAUUUACCCCUACUUUAGAGGUGCCACAGAAUAAUUGGACCUGUGCAUAACAGACGAAAGACACGCGUGACCGCUGAGCACUCUCUUGGACUGUUGCCGAUUUUCAGUCGUCAAGAUGAUGGGACGUGGAGCCCUGGCGGGGGCAAAAUUAGCCAGCGAGAGAAGAAAACGGACCCUGAAACUACAAAAGGAAGCACUACAGAAGGCGAGCCAUUUUGUCCCUAAACCACCUCAGAUCAUGGUGAUCAAGGGCAGGAUCAACCUCCUAUCGUUGUCGACAGUCGUUAUUGUGAUGGGAUUCUUUGUCUUCGCCAUUGGUGUGGUUAUAUCCAUGUUUGCGUACGAGUAUGUACAAGUAUCUAUCGGCAACAAUAACAGCAGCUCUUCUAGCACCAUGGACGGGGACAUUGGCCUGGCUUUCCUCGCACACAGCGACUUUCAGCGGACGUUUCAGCUGACUGGUCCGCUGAUUCUUGGGCUCGGAGUGUUCACCAUGUUAUGUGGCAUUACUGCGUUACUAGAAGACCGGGACAAGAAAACGAAACGAAUCAUCAUUCGCGAACCAAGUGAGGAGUUGAAGCCAGGUUCGUCACCAGGUAUAGGACCGAUCUCAGGAACAUCACAGUACCGGGGGUAUACCGUUUCUCCGCAGGAGUGCAGACCGGGAGCCAUGUUGUCACCCCGCACGGUUGGCUCGUGUCCCGACCUGCGCUACCAGCCCAGCUCUCCGGUCCACCUGAACCCAUCCCGCGGCUACAUGCAGGCCAUGCCUUCCCCUGUACCGGUGCGAGAUCUGUACAGGUUUCAGCCUGUAGACUGUGAGGGAGAAACACUCACGCUGACUUGACCUAAUUUUCUACUACGGAACUGCUAAGAGAUCAAAGAAGGACAUGAAACGCCUACGCCAUUCUAAGAAGACGUUGGUGUAUUUGAAACGGAAGAUAUAUAGGCUCAGGGGAAAAUAGGAAGGGGCUGACUAGUUGUGACAAGGGACGUAAAAUUUUUGAUUUGAUGUGUUUUGACAUCGAUAUGAUAAAAAUGUUCUCCCCAAAUCUGCUGCAAGAGGAAAUUGUGGGGGUACAAUUAGUAGCAUUAAAUUGAUUUUGAAAAACUAAAUCAGUGUCCUGAUACAUGUCAGUUCUACACUAGUCCAUGGUAUUUCUUGGAUGAAUUCGACCAAUUAUUCAAAAGGGAAAAAAUCCCUACCUACGGCCUACCGAUCCAAUAAUUUUUAGCACCUUUAUCAGAAACAGAACGCUGAUAUACCUACGCUUUAUUUCCUUUGAUACCUGAGAAAUACACAGAAGUAAUAGCUGUAGUAUUGCACCAUGCAAUAGUAUUGUACCAGGCAAUAACUCUGUAAGUCGAGAUCUAGAGGUGUCCAUAAGCAUACUGAAAGGACGGUCAUUGAUCUACAUGUAACUUCAUGUGACAAGAAAUCUUAACCAUGUUUUGAGUGUCAAGCAUAGCAGUUGUGUGGACUUUAGAAACGAGCUUACUGAAUCGUGAAACUAUUUGUAAAUUCUUCAGGCCCUAGGAAUAAGCAAUGACUUUGAUUCUACUGCACUAGUACAGAUACCAGCCUAUAUGUCACCUGCCAUCGCUAAUACAGGGAUUACCCAGUAGAGUAAGAUGUUCUAUGCUGCAAGCAAAUUUGUCAUUAUAGACUUCUGAUUCAUUCCCGUUCCGAUAACGGCUAAGAAUAGAUUAAAGUUCCUCUGCAAUUUGUCAUCUCUGAGCUUAGUGCUCUUUAAAAGGUAAGAACGAUCGCUUUUCGUGGUAACAUUUUAUUUCUAGAAUGUCUGAGUCGUUUCAGAGAUUUCAGCGUCAUCCUCUUUGGAGGGAACAGUGAGAGAUUUAAGGAAUUGAAUUAAUUAGAUUCGAUUAGAUUGUCAUAAAUUGAGUAUUGCUUUCAUUAAGUAGACGGUCCAUCAUGUAAUGCGAGGGUCACAUUCCUAACCCGGGCCCGAUCGGGCUGUUUGCGGGCACACAAAAGUAGCCUGGUAGCCAGCCGUAUUAUAGCUGCCGAG